AUGGCGUUCUGCUGCUGGCUCGCCACUCAUGGCAAAGAGCAGAGGUGGGGAAAUGUCCAGAAAGGUGGGCGGUACAAGACAGACUGGAAUGACUGCUCUGUACAUUGCCUGGAUGCAGCAGAGGAAAGAGCCUUGCGAUCAGAUCCGUGGGCAGCCCACAUUGAGAAUGACCAAAUUUUGGGUGUGAUGCGUGUGGCGGCGGCCUUCAAAUACAAUGCUCUAGCAAUGCUGAGUCAGUGCCAGCGAAAGCAGUACAACUUCUGGCAGUCUGUUUUCGGCACCGAAUGCUUGCAUGAGAGCUUGUAUUUUUUCAAUGUCGUAGACAUCUGUGCAUUUCAGAAGCCGGUCGAGCUACCUGUGACAGACCAUCGCAAGUUGAAGUGCUUCUUUGGCCAGGUUGAUUUGCACUCCCCCCAAGACCUUGUAGCACAACUCCGGAAGGAUGUGGAAGGAUCCGAGUUGCCAGAAUGGGUGGAUUCGAAUUGUCAUUUGGUUGUGCGGUUGCCAGCUGCCCAUGCUUUUCUUAUCUCCCGGAACCUAUGGAACUCGUUCGGCUUGCCAGAUCCCUCGCCCGAAAACCUUUUCUCGGUAGGAGUGAGGCUGCGGUCUAGGAUGCUGGGGUGGUCACACAUUGAAAACGUGGCAGGGCCUUUCACGGUUGCCCCUCAGGUUCAGGAUUUUCAAGAGCCUCAGUUGUCUGCAGAGCUGGCUGGGCAAAUCGCUCAGACGGUGCGUGUGUUGGCAGCUCGCUUGAACCCGGAGUCGAAUGCAGAGGAUGCUGCUCUGUAUGAGGCUUGUUAUCAAGGAGCCUACACACUUCAGCGUAUCAGAGACGAUUUGGAGUUGUCCAGUUUCAACAAGAAGGUAGUUCAAAGCGCGGGCCGUGUUUGUACAGCUCGUCUUCCGUUUCAAGCCAGCUACAUGUUGCAGUGUAUACUCAUGACAAGCCACUUACGGGACUCCAGUGACCUGAAGGAUGUUCUUCUCAGGGCAAUUGACAUUGUCAUGCCAAAGAGCUUUGCUGAGGCG